GGUGGGGUGGGGAUGGGAGCAGAGUGAGCUGGGAUGAAGGUCUGGGAAUAGCAGUCCUCCAGGGCCGGCCGACCAUCUGCCCUGACGGAGCUGGGAGCUGCCACUGCCCACUCCAGCUCUGUCACCACUGGCUUUAACUCCCGGGCUGAUCCUUGGGUCACAUGCUGGGGAGGGCUCUGUCACUCUCUCAGGCUUGAUCCCUCUCAGGCUUCAGUCCGAACAGCUCAGCCAUGGCCAAGACAGCUCCGCGCACUGUGCUUAUCACGGGCUGCUCCUCUGGCAUCGGGCUGCGCAUGGCCGUGCAGCUGGCACAGGACCCAAGCAAGCGGUUUCACGUCAUUGCCACCAUGCGUGACUUGCGCAAGAAAGACAAGCUGGAAGCCGCUGCAGGGGACACACUCAACAAGACGCUCACCAUCCAGCGCCUUGAUGUCUGCAGCGAUGAGUCUGUGACGGAGUGCAUGAACAACCUUCCUGGGAAACAGCUGGAUGUACUAGUGAACAACGCUGGGGUGGGGCUUGUUGGCCCCAUCGAGUCCAUAUCCAUUGAUGACAUGAAGCGUGUUUUUGAGACCAACUUCUUUGGUGCCAUCCGCAUGAUCAAAGCUGUCCUUCCUGGGAUGAAGCAGAAUCAAAAGGGCCACAUUGUUGUCAUCAGCAGUGUCAUGGGGUUACAAGGUGUCCCUUUCAAUGAUGUCUAUGCUGCCUCCAAGUUUGCCAUGGAAGGUUUCUGUGAAAGCCUUGCUGUGCAACUCCUCAAAUUCAAUAUCUUUGUCUCUCUGGUGGAGCCGGGCCCAGUGAACACGGAGUUUGAGAUGAAGCUGAUGGAGGAGGUGGCACGCUCAGAGUUCCCUGGAGCAGACCCUACCACCGUGCACUACUUCAAGGAGAUCUACCUACCAGCUUCCCAUGAAAUAUUCACUACCAUGGGCCAGACUCCUGAAUCUGUGGCUAAGGCUGUCGUGAAUGUCAUCGCUAAGGAACGCCCACCCUUCCGGACGCAGACAAACACCCUGUACACCCCACUGGUGGCCCUGAAGUAUGCUGACACCUCGGGGAACCUGUCUGUAGGCACCUACUACAACCUGCUUUUCCGCUUCACGGGCCUUUUCCACCUCAGCAUGAGCUUCCUCAAAUGCAUCACCUGCAGCUGUUUCCGGCGCCGGGUCACCCCUGCCUGAGGAGAUGGGGGGGCGAGAGGUCUUGGAAGAUGGUUGCAGCGUUGCCCUUCACAGCUGUCCUGCUCUAGACAGCCGGUUUGAGUUAGAACGCAUGGGAAGUCUUUAUACAGGACAACUCCCCACCCCUGUUAUAAAGCUGCUGGGUUCUGGUGACUUUGCUGGUGAAGGGGGUUGAAGGCAAUGGGUCCUACAAGACGCAAAUGUCAGGUCUAGCAGGCAUGGUUCUUAAGCAAUAGGGCCAAGCCCAAGUCCAGUGCAAAACCAUGGCCUUACAUUUCAUGGUAAAACCAGUUUAAAAUGUGUGUGUGUGUUGGGACAAGGUUGUAGUAUAAGCUAGAGAAGGCAAUGGGAAGUUACAUGCUGGUGUUUGGUUGUUGCUUGUUCCGUGUCUUUAUUGAUACAGAAUAGUAAGAGGUGAGAUUGAGCUUUGACAGAUUGCAACACCUUCAUCGUAUAUGACUGAGAGCAAAUGAUUUUGGCUAACAUGUAAAGCUGAUUUUCUGACUGCCCAGUCACAGGAGACCUAUACACACAAGGCAAUGCUUGGGGAUUGGUAGAUCUCUCAACAGAUUAGAAGUACUAUGAAUCCUACUUUGCACAUUAUAAUCAUUUCCCUCAUUUCUCUAUAGAAUCUCAACAGAUUACUAGGGUAAUCUGCCAAGAGAAAUCUGGCGAAAGAUGAAGGGCAGAAGGAUAUCCAACCCUUCACUCUGCAGGUUGGCCCCUAGCAAAGUGUCCCUCAACUGUGGACAAGUUGUGGUACCAUGAUAAAUAAUUUGUAUAAAAUUGACUAAACAUUGCCUGAAUUGCAAACUAAUCACAGCUGUUUCCACUUUUGAUGAUGUUCAUGAAUGUUUGAGGGGGAAAGAUUAAAUGAUUAGCAAGAGUUGCCCCUAAAUUCUGCAUCUGGUCAAGUCAAAGAUAAAAGGCCUCUUUCUUCUAAUACUUCUACAGCAGUGGUUCUCAACCUUGGGACACCCCCCCAGAUGUUCGUGGACUACAACUCUCAGAAAUCCUAGCUGGCAUAACUAGUGGUGAAGGCUUCUUGGAGUUUUAGUCCAAGAACAUCUCUUUGGGAGAGGUUGGAAAAGGCUGCUCUAGAGAAUAAGUGGGAGAAAAGUUUCAUGAAUAAAUAAAAGUAGCAUAGGUUGGGGGAGGGGAUCUGCAGGAAGUCUAAAGGAUAUUAUGUGUUUAGUUGAAAAUCUCCUGUCUCUAAAUUUUAGAGCCUAAAUAAUAUUAACAAGCCUAUUUCAAUGGGCUGGAAACCUCAGGCAGGACAUCAAAACAGGAGGCAAUUAAGAUGAAGGGUGAAAGACCCCCAGGGGAAGGAGACAGAAAUUAAAAUAGAAGGAUAUGAAGCAAGAGCUCUCCAAAGACAUGACCAUGUGCUCUUGGUGGGACCGAAUACAGAUACCAAGCAAGUACAAAAGAGCAUACUUAUUCAAAGCAAGCCGAAUAUCUGGCUGUACAUUGCAUGUGAAGAACAUGGAAAUGGCCACAGUGGAGUAAAUUUAUUACCCAGCUAAGGAUUUGCCUCUCAAGAGUGGGCAGGCAAAGGUUAUGUGAAAAUUCAUAAGCAAGACAUCAGAGCAUCCAACCUCUAGUUCAAUGAUGGGGGAAGUGCAGCCCUCCUGAUACUGCUUGGACUACAAGCAUUAUCACCAGUGGCCAUCCUGGCUACAGCUGAUGGGAGUUACCACCUUAAAACAUCCAGAGGGCCACGUGUUUCCUGUCCCUCUGCCAGUCAUUCUUGCGAUUAUCAAAGCUGGAAAGUGCUAGAUGACCUAUUCUCAGCUGAUGUGUAUUAUCUUUUCUGGAAAACUGUUGAUCCCAAUGCCCAUUCCAAAGCAAUGAAUUCCCUAGUUAGUGGAUUUUCACCUGAAGGGGAGUCCCACGUCCCAUAUGAACUUUCCUGCCAUGAAAUCAUAGAAGAUUUGGGGACCCUCUUCCAGAGCAGUAGUGGAGAACACAUGGCUCUCUGGAUUCUGGCCAAUGAUAAAUCCUAUUGCUCUUCGCCAUAGGCUGUGCCAGAAUAGGUGGACAGGAGCUGCAGUCCAACAUCAUCCAGAGACCCACACGUCUUUCACAAUUCCUCUAUGUCAUGUCCAGGUUCACUGGGCCCUGCUAUCACCUACAUUGAGUGAACACAUCCAAAGCUCUAGCAUGACUCCACACUGUUGGAAAAGUUUGCCAGUGGCAGACUACGUUGAUCUUUCAGAAAAAUAUUUGCCUUUCAUCACUGAUCUGCUUGUUCAUCAAUCUCUGAUAAGCCCACCCCCUCAAAAAAAAAUAAGAAAGAAAAAGUGGGGAAAUGCACAUAGGUUGGCAACUGCACAAUUUUGAAAAGCAUUUUCACCCAUUUGUCUACAUACAGUAGACUGGUUUGGACAAAUUCCAGUUAGUGAAUAUUCACAGCAAGAUCUGACCUGAUGAAAGAGAACAUGUGCAAAUCACACCCGGCAGUUUUUAAUCCCAACCCUUUUAUGCACAGAAUGGCAGGAAGGGCCCAAAU